AUGUCAUUUGCGACAACCCGCACACACUUCUUCGUCUGCUCGCAGGGCGCGUUCAGAAUAGGCAGGUUCUGGACGAGCGACGAGUACGGCCCGUACAUCUACCACUUUGCGGCGAAUGGCAGCCUCAUCCAGACGAUUCAACCCCCCGCGGCGAUCCUCCCGAUGAUCAAUGGAACGCUCAACUUUACGUACCCAGGCUUCGAAGGUCUAACGCUCGAUUUCGCCAAGCGCAUUCUCUACGCGGUGCUGCAAUCGGGAACUGUACAGGACGGCGCAGGGCAGGUCACCCGGCUAUUUGCAUACGACCUGACGAAUGCUGCUGCCGGGACGAUCCCACUCGUGGGCGAAUGGGUGCUUCUGCUGCCCGUGAUCAGCAACGGGAAAGUCGAGGCGACGAGCGAGAUCCAUCUCGUCAGCGACGGCGUGUUCCUGUGUUUGUCUAGGGAUGGGAACGGGCAUGGCGGCAGCGGGACGAAAUUCAAGUACAAACAAGCGGAUCUGUUCAGCAUCGUGAACGCGACGGACAUCCACGGCACGCGCUUCGACUCGCCCGCGUUCCCCGUCGCGCCCGGCGGCGUGCUCGAUCCCGCGAUCACGCCCGUUACGUACGUCGGGUUCGUCAACUACGUGAACGCGACAGACCUCGCGCGCUUCGGGCUGCAUACGGGCGACCCCGACGACAACACGCUGCCGGACUCCAAGUGGGAGAGUCUCGCGCUGGCGCCGGUCGGCGAUCCGCGGGCCCCGGACGACUACUUUUUGUUCACUGCUAGCGACAACGAUUUCCUGACGACCCAGGGUGUCUCGCUGGGUGUGCCGUACGACGCCGGAGAGGACGUCGAUAAUCAGUUCAUGGUGUUCCGCGUCACGUUGCCCGGCGCGGCGCACACCGUCGCUCUCACACUGGGACUCUAAACGCUCGAAUCGAAUACAUACUCCCUGCCGAUCCCAUGGCAGUUCAAUAUAAUGAUACCCCGUCGUCUAUUUAUUUAUUCUUGCCCAGCCAGCAUUUGUGCCAUCUGCUCCCGAUCAGCUCCGGGACGACUUCGAUCACUGCGGCCGGCCGGCCGCCGAGCACCGCCUUCGUGCGGCCCCAGCAGAGUCGUCGUCGCAGAUGGGGCGGCACCCACACGAUCAGAUCACUCCCCGAAACGAUCCACCCCUCCGAGUCCAUCCUCGCGUCGUUCGGGAUGCCCUGCACGCUCGUCGCAUCUGGCGUGCUGAUGUCCCAGACCCGGAUCGACCGGUCCUGGGAGC